UCGGUUUCUUGCAUCAGAGAGCAAACUCGCGACAGAAAGUGUUACAAGGAGCAUCAUAAUCCAUGACCAUUUGUUUUUUUUUUUUUUUCCUAUCCCCUUGGAAGAGCCAAGCUGUUACAUGUUACAGUAUGCUUCAAAAAGGAUGUUCAGUGCUGACUCGGAUGCUUUUCAUUGGACAAUCAGCGUUGCGAAUCUCGUCCCACUUACACUUAGUGGCUGCUCUGAACGCUGAGCGUUAUGUAAUUAUUUUCAUCUUAGAAUUCCUCGCCAAGCCCAAGAACAGUUGCACUUUAUUUGUUCAAGUGUUGGCUACAAACCACUGUCCAUUUCUGGACAACCGCGAAUCUUCAUUCAAGACGCCCAUUGUGCCUCCAUAAAGAUCGUCCAUUAUGUUACCCUUCCCACGUAUUUCAUUGUUCUCUAUCUCCC